UGUCGGCGUUAAUUAAUUAAUGCGUUAACUUGCCCAGCACUAAUAAAAAUACAAUCAUUCAUUUUCUCAUCAUCUGAAUUGUGUGUUUCAUGAAAAUAACCCCUAUAGACAGAAAAAGUAAACAGAUAACAUCCUUUCUCCCGCUGUCUGUCCUCAGUGUGUUCUCUACCUCUGGUCGCUCAAGAUCAACCACCCCAGCACCCUCUUCCUCCUGCGGGGGAACCACGAGUGCCGACACCUCACAGAGUACUUCACCUUCAAACAGGAAUGUAAAAUAAAAUACUCUGAACGGGUGUACGACGCCUGCAUGGAGGCCUUCGACUGUCUGCCCCUCGCCGCCCUGCUCAACCAACAGUUCCUGUGUGUGCACGGUGGACUGUCACCAGAGAUCAACUGCCUAGACGACAUAAGGAAAUUAGACAGGUUUAAAGAGCCUCCGGCAUUCGGGCCCAUGUGUGACCUGAUUUGGGCGGACCCCGGCGAGGACUACGGCAGUGAAAAGUCAACCGAACACUUCAACCAUAACUCCGUCAGAGGCUGCUCUUACUUUUUCAGUUACUCGGCCGUCUGUGACUUUUUGGUAAAUAAUAACUUGCUGUCAGUAAUAAGAGCCCAUGAAGCACAGGAUGCAGGGUAUCGGAUGUACAGAAAAAGCCAGACCACAGGCUUCCCUUCUUUAAUCACAAUCUUCUCAGCUCCAAAUUACCUCGACGUCUACAACAACAAAGCUGCUGUGCUAAAGUAUGAGAACAACGUGAUGAACAUCCGACAGUUCAACUGCUCCCCCCACCCUUACUGGCUGCCCAACUUCAUGGAUGUAUUCACAUGGUCUUUGCCUUUUGUUGGGGAGAAAGUGACGGAGAUGCUGGUGAAUGUACUAAACAUCUGCUCUGACGAUGAGCUCAUGUCAGAGGGAGAUGACCUCUAUGAAGGUGGAACCUCGGCGAUGCGCAAGGAGGUCAUCCGGAACAAGAUCCGCGCCGUGGGGAAGAUGGCCCGGGUCUUCGCAGUCCUCAGGGAGGAAAGCGAGAAUGUGCUCACGCUUAAAGGCCUCACCCCAACUGGAACUCUUCCCGUGGGAGUGUUGUCGGGGGGAAAGCAGACCUUGCAGACUGCUACGAUUGAGGCAGCUAAAGCACAAGGUACGCAUGGCUGUCAGGCUCAAAUCUCAUUACUUUGUUUUGUGUGUGAUGUUCACCGUUUAACUUUAAAGUGUUUACAAGUGUCCCACUGUCUCUCUCUCACUGACUGUUGUAUCACUGUAGAUUACCUAAUCGCCGGUUGCUCUUGCAUUGUCAGUGUCUGUCGGAUCACGCUGGUUCUGUCACUGUAACAUGUUAUGUACUCGGUGGCAGAAUAAAAGAAUCAUAGAUUAUAUAUGAAAAUAUGAACAUAUCACAAAUUGAAAAGAAGCUUGUGUACGACUAAAACUACUACAGCAAACUGUUUUGGGAGCAACAGUUGCAUGAGACGGUGUGAAUGCAUUUAAAGAGGUGCUUAUUCAUAUUUCCACCAGUCUUGGUUGAACCAGUCUGGAGUCGGUCUAUGCUGCAGAAGAGCUGGUUAUGUGUAUCGGGUUUGGGACGCGGCUUGCUCCUUGUUGACAAGGAUUUCCCGGCUUUGGUCACAAGGGACUUUUCCUGCCAAGUGUAGCUCCCCACACGGAGAAAAGCUCGCUAAGACCCGACUAAGAUAAGACCGGGGACGUCCCUGCCGGGGACAUUUUCAGAAGCUAAUCCUGUUACACCGUUGGGCUGCUGCUACACUGUCUGCCCCUUCUGCUUGAGACUGUAUCAAAUAGAUAAACGUAAAAUAUUUAGUCCUAUCAAUAGAUAAGGGAGUACAGUAUAAGCUCACAGGCAGAGUGCACAGUGUGUUCAGGCAGAAUAACUUAAAGCAGUGCUUCCCAACCUGCUCUGUGUAUGACACUAUGGAAUUGUCAGUUAUUGGGUUGAUUUUAAGUUCAUUCUGAGUUUUAACUCAUUUCAACUGUGUAUCAUUACUUUAAGCUAUCUAGCUCUGCUUUUUACUUGUCACUUUUAGCUUAUUAUUCUUACUGUUUAUUCUUUACUUUUAACUAAGUAUUUAAGUACAUUUUGGCUAAUAAUUGAUCUGUUAAUUUGUUACUUUCAGCUUAUUUUUUUAGGCUGUUUGUCAAAUUAUUCAAACUAUUCAAACCGCUUUCAUGCCAUUGACUUUAAACCUGUUAUCUUAUUAUUUUAGCGAUAGAUCUCAGUCUGUGUUCUUGCUCACUGCUUGUCAUCACUUGUCUGAGAGGUGAAGCAGCUGAGCUGUGACACAGUGAAGCUACGCUAGCUUCACAGGCUAGCUGACUUAUUAGGACUAUUUACUGAAGGGCAGCAUCACACACAUCUCUAUUUCUAUUUGGAUGUUUAGUUUUCUCUCAAACACCAAUAUGUAAAUAUAUCUCUUUGAUCAAAUUGAAUAUUUUUGAGCUACUCCAGAAUCUUACCAUGUUCCCAUGGCAACUGCAGAAGUAGCCUCUGUUGGGAAUCACUGAGCUCACGUGUUCAUGUCCCACAUCUCUGGUUGUGCAAGAGUACCCUCGAUGUGCCUCUGAAUGUUGAUCCACCUCUAUAACCCUCCCCUGGGCGUGUCCAUCUCACCUUUGGAUUGAUCAUUGAAAUGAUUGAAGGUAUUUCUGAACACGUCUCCUUUUCAUUUGCACACAUUUUCUGGUUUCCUCGGCUGUUUCCGGACUUUACGUAAGUCUACCAAGUGUGAGGUGUUGUACUGUUCUAGCUUAGGAGGCGUUGUUUACCUGUGCAUGUGUUCACUGGUCGUCCGUACUGUGCAAUUCUACAAGGAAUCCCUUUUGACUUUCUGAAGGUUCAGCCUCUGAUCUGAUUGUUCUUAUUUGGUGUCUCUUCAGCCAUUCAAGGCUUCUCUCCCACGAGGAAGAUUCGUAACUUCGAGGAGGCGCGCGGCCUGGACAGGAUAAACGAGCGGAUGCCGC